UUUUAAGAGUCCAAAACACCAAACCGUCCCACCUGCACUUCAGCAACACUUCUUUGAUUUCUUUUUGGUUUUGUUUCAUUUUAUGUCAUAUCCACUCUUUCCAAAUUCCAUGCUCUGCUUCAACAGCUCCAAUAUGCCUUCCUAAAUGGAUCAUUAGCGUCCAGACAUUUAAAAAACAAAAAACGAAAGAGAGAAAAAUGAGGAGAUGAAGGAGAGGCAACGUUGGCAGCCAGAGGAAGACGCACUACUCAAAGCAUACGUCAAGCAAUACGGACCAAAAGAAUGGAACCUCAUCUCCCAACGCAUGUCUAAACCCAUCAACCGUGACCCCAAGUCUUGCCUUGAACGUUGGAAGAAUUACCUGAAACCAGGCAUCAAGAAAGGAUCUCUAACACCUGAGGAACAAGCCCUUGUCAUUUCUUUACAGGCUAAGUACGGUAAUAAGUGGAAAAAGAUUGCCAGUGAAGUCCCUGGUCGCACUGCUAAGAGGCUCGGUAAAUGGUGGGAGGUUUUUAAGGAAAAGCAAUUAAAGAUCAAGAAUUCGGACCAGCACCAACAACACAAGGAUAUUAACAAUAAUAAUAAUAAUAAUAAUAAUAAUAGUAGUAGUAUUAUUCCAGAGUGUAGGUAUGAUCAUAUUCUAGAGACUUUUGCGGAGAAGUACGUUCAGCCAAAACUAGUGCAUUUCCAAUCUUCUUCUUCCUCAUCUGCAUCUUCUUUUUCUCUCAUGCCUGACCCUUCUCCAGACCCUGACCCUACUCCAGACCCUGUUCUUUCUCUUGGGUCGGUUUGGAUGAAUGCCGAGUCGUCUUUGUCGUCUUCCGCUACCACAAGUACUGUAUCCGCUGCUAUGGGUACUUUGGUGCAGUAUUGCAAGGAGUUGGAAGAGGCCAGGCAGAGCUGGAUGCAACAUAAGAAGGAAGCCACAUGGAGGCUUUGCAGGCUAGAGCAGCAGUUGGAAUCAGAGAAAGCGAGGAAGAAAAGGGAAAAAUUAGAGGAGAUAGAAGCAAAGAUAAGGUGUUUGCGAGAAGAGGAGAUGGCCUUUAUGAGUUGGAUUGAGAAUGAUUACAGAGAGCAGUUAAGUACAUUGCAAAGAGAUGCUGAGAGUAAAGAGGGAAAGCUAGUGGAAGCUUGGUGUAGUAAACAUUCAAAGCUUGUUGAGCUGAUUGGGGUUCAUUAUAGUGGUGAUGGUACUGCGACUACUGCUGCUACUGGUACCAGUGUUGGUCGGUUUUAAUGUGCCUAAAGAUCAUAUGAUAUGCACUAAACUUCAGCCAUCAGAUAUUUGAACUGAAAAUCCAAGCUUCAGGUGUGAACCAUACAGUGGGAAAUUUCGAUAUGUUAGAAAUUUGAGACAUGAAUUUAGCUUGUAGCAAUUAUUGAAACUCAAUUGUAGAGUCAUGCAUAUUGUUCAUGUUUUAGAGUAUUUAAAACUUGAACCUUAUGUAUGCUUGUAACUAGCCUUUUCUCCUUGUGACAAUUCUUCCAAAUUGCAUACUGAAGUUUGUCCCAA